GGCAGAGAAGAGCGGGGCUGUGGCUGGGGCGCGCUUGAGCGUAACUUCCAAAGCGAAGAGCCUUGGUGGUCUCUGUGCAUCCGGGGCCCUGGGCAAGGGGCAAGCGGGGCUUAGGGCGUGAGAAGCCAUCUGCAGAUCAUUGCGGGGUGGAAAUGCCACGGGAAGGUAGCUCAAAAGACCAUUUGUGCAAGUGAAUCACAAUUGCAGUGAAAUGCUGUCCGGCUGAAGAUUUCCUCUCAAGGCCUCCCACUAGGGAAUUCCUCAUGACGGCUCCACCCUGUGUGCGUGGGACUAGGCGAUGAAGAUGGAAGUACUGCGCCGGUCUUCCGUCUUUGCUGCAGAGGUGAUGGAAGUGUUUGAUCGGACUCCCACUGACAAGGAGCUUGUAUCCCAGGCCAAGGUGCUCUGUAGAGACUACAUCCACUCCAGGCUGAUUCGGGCCGGAAUUGGCUGGAACAAACCUGAGCACAGUGCACCUGUUCCUGGGGGCAAAUUAGCAGAAGUGUCCAACAUCCUUCUAAGAUUAGGUGAUGAGCUAGAGUACAUUAGGCCCAACCUUUAUCGGAACGUUGCGCGACAACUGAACAUCUCGCUGCACUCAGAAACCGUGGUGACAGACGCCUUUCUGGCAGUGGCAACUCAGAUCUUUUCUUCAGGCAUAACAUGGGGUAAGGUCGUGUCUCUCUAUGCUGUGGCUGCUGGCCUCGCUGUGGACUGUGUGAGACACGCCCAGCCUGCCAUGGUCCAUACCAUUGUGGAUUGCUUGGGAGAGUUUGUACGCAAGACCUUGGUGACGUGGAUGAAGAGGAGAGGCGGUUGGACCGACAUAACAAAAUGCGUGGUGAAUACCGAUCCCAACCUUCGCUCCCAUUGGCUUGUGGCUGCCGUUUGUAGUUUUGGCCACUUCCUGAAGGCCAUCUUCUUUGUGCUCUUACCAGAAAGAUGACAUCCGUCUUCCCAGUGAAGCCCCAUCUUCUCCUUCAUGGGCACAGCUGACACAGAGAAGGGGAAGAAACAAGAAGAGGAAGAGAGCCGGGCAAACAGACAUUCUGUCUGCUCUUCUGGCUUUUCCCAGUUGCCUAAGUGCAAAGACUCCUUUCCUCAGCAACGGGAGACAUUUCUUCAGCUUGCUUCUUGCAGCAAGCACCCUCUGUACUUUCACAGUGGCUUGGGAUCAUGCUCAGGAGGCUGAUGGGCUUGCCAUUCAGUUAUUUAUUUUUCUCUCUUGAUCAAAUUGUGUCACAUUUUUUAUGCAUAGAAGAGGAGUAAAGAAUCCUAGUUGGAGCUGCUAUCAAGAAGAAAACCGCAGUAUGUCAUCUGCUUCUUUGUUUUUCAGUUACUCAGUUUCCCCCAGCCGCCUCUAAAGGUUGUGUCCUUGAUCACCUGGUUAAUAAUGUAAAAUGGAAGAUUUUUCCAAUAGGAUGAAAUUCAUGGUUCUCCUCUAAGUUAUAGAAUCCCCACAACUACGGCACCCUCUGCUUAAGGUAACCAGACAAGGAUUGUGGGGCAGGGAUGGCAGAUCUCCCUACAUGAGGGAUCAAGGAAAGAAGAUCAGGAGUAAAUUUUAAAAAGCCUUUUAUGUAGCGGAAGAAAAGAACACAGUUUUGCAUCAAUAUUUUGAGAAUUUUAACAGAAGAGAUUUCCUAACUGGCACAUGAGAAGAUUGCAGUCUCGAGAGGUGCCUAAGAAAUGUAUAAAAUAAAAUAAAUAAGGACAUCAAUGUGGAAUGCAGGAGAUCCCAAUAGCAAAUUGUACCGCAGGAGGAGAACAGAAAAAGUCAUCGAUGAAUUGUGUCCAUUGCUGUGCAUUUACCAUAGUCAAUGCGUGACUUUUGUUUCUGAUGUGGUAAAUAAUAAAUUCAGUUAAAUAUUCCAUGAACUGUAUACAGGAUAAAGAGAGAAAACAUUGUAGGAAAGAAUGCUUUCAGCUGUAAUUCUGUUACUUCUUUUCCUUUUUAGCUAAAGUAAUAGUCCAGCCCAGGAGGAGUAAACAAAGAAACAAAUUCUCAUUAAAGUCCUAAUAGUGGUGUUACAGCUAGUUUGCAGUUCAAAGGGAACUGAGAAAAGGAGAACCACUCAACAAAACCUUCAUUCUUUUGAAGGCACAGAGCUGUUUCAUGGGCCCCUAGAAAUGGGGGAAGCAGAAGUAGGAGUGGCAUGAGUCAACUGUAACCCUCAGAGUAUGGACUCUAGCACCUCCCUUCCGUGAGAGCCAUGGCCUCCUGCUGACAUCUCACCCAAGAUGACAUGCAGAAGUCGUGUGUUACCUCUUGCCAGAAGCAGGGGAAAGAGAAACACAAAUCAAUUGGUA